UGACUUUGUUCCUGCUUGCUAAAAAUGGCGGCGCCCAGUGUGGCAGCGUGAAAGUUGGAAUCCAAAGACGCUGUCCGGUGGGGCUGGGAUAAAAAGCGGUGGAGACUUUUCGCCAUGUCGCGACUGAUCGUGAAGAAUCUCCCGAAUGGGCUCCCCCCUUGUGGCGUCCCCUCGGUUGCAGAUGAAGGAGGAGCGCUUCCGGCAGCUGUUCGCCGCCUUCGGGACGCUGACCGACUGCAGCCUGAAGUUCACCAAGGACGGCCAGUUCCGCAAGUUCGGCUUCAUCGGCUUCAAGUCGGAGGCGGAGGCCCAGAGGGCGCUGAGCCACUUCCACAAGAGCUUCAUCGACACAGCCCGCGUCACGGUGGAGUUCUGCAAGUCCUUUGGGGACCCAACAAAGCCCCGAGCCUGGAGCAAACAUGCACAGAAACCAACCCAAACCAAGAAAUCUUCGCAAGACUCCACUGGCCCAGAAACUAAGCAAGACAAGAAGAAAAGGGGGCCGAGUGACCUGGAGAAGCUGAAGGAAGAUGCCGAGUUCCAGGAGUUCCUGUCAGUUCACCAGAAGAGAAUGCAGGUGGCCACGUGGGCGAAUGACAUGCUGAACACUGAGCCCGCUAAAGGGAAGAGCAAGCCCGCCAGCGACUACCUGAACUUCGACUCUGACUCCGGGCAGGAGAGUGAGGAGGAGGCGGAGGCCUCAGGGCCGGAGCCAGAAGAGGAGCAGGACCUGGGGCCCAAGGAAGCUGUGCGGAAGGAGCUGUCGGACAUGGAGUACCUGAAGUCAAAGGUGGUACGGGCUGACUCGGCCUCCUCGUCAGAGGAGGAGGAGAGUGAAGACGAAGCCGUGAACUGUGAUGAGAGUGCGGCCGAGGAAGAGAAGGAGUCCACCAUGCCAGCCCAGCAGGAGACAGAGCGCAGGGCGGCCGGCCUGGGACACAGGGCCCCACCUGGGCAUGGCAGCCCUCAGGUCAGGAAAGCUGAGGUGGAGAAAGCAGCCAACCAGAAGGAGCCCACCACGCCCUACACCGUGAAGCUGCGGGGCGCCCCAUUCAACGUCACAGAGAAAAAUGUUACAGAGUUCCUGGCGCCCCUGAAGCCGGUGGCCAUUCGAAUAGUGAGAAACGCUCAUGGGAACAAGACAGGGUACAUCUUUGUGGAUUUCAGCAGCGAAGAAGAAGUGAAAAAAGCCUUGAAAUGUAACCGCGAAUACAUGGGUGGGCGUUACAUCGAGGUGUUCAGAGAGAAGCAGGCCCCUGUGGCCAAGGCGCCCCCGAAGAACAGCAGCAAAGCUUGGCAGGGCCGGACGCUUGGGGAGAACGAGGAGGAGGAGGACCUGGCCGACUCCGGGAGGCUCUUUGUACGCAACCUGCCCUACACCAGCACCGAGGAGGACCUGGAGAAGCUCUUCUCUGCCUACGGUCCCCUAUCGGAGCUUCACUACCCCAUCGACACCCUGACCAAGAAGCCCAAGGGCUUCGCCUUCGUCACCUUCCUGUUCCCCGAGCACGCUGUGAAGGCCUAUGCGGAAGUGGACGGGCAGGUGUUCCAGGGCAGGAUGCUGCACGUGCUGCCGUCCACCAUCAAGAAGGAGGCUGGGGAGGAGGCCGGUGCCCCGGGGUCGUCUUAUAAGAAGAAGAAGGACGCCAAGGACAAAGCCAACAGCUCCAGCUCCCACAACUGGAACACGCUGUUCAUGGGGCCGAACGCCGUGGCAGACGCCAUCGCACAGAAGUACAGCGCCACCAAGAGCCAAGUGUUCGACCACGAGACCAAGGGCAGCGUGGCCGUGCGUGUGGCCCUGGGGGAGACGCAGCUGGUCCAGGAAGUGCGGCGCUUCCUGCUGGACAACGGGGUCUGCCUGGACUCCUUCAGCCAGGCCGCAGCAGAGCGAAGCAAGACGGUGAUUUUGGCCAAGAACCUCCCAGCAGGCACCCUGGCCGCCGAGCUGCAGGAGACUUUCAGCCGUUUUGGCAGCCUGGGCCGAGUGCUGCUGCCUGAAGGUGGCAUCACCGCCAUCGUGGAGUUCCUGGAGCCCCUGGAGGCCCGCAAGGCCUUCAGACACCUGGCCUAUUCCAAGUUCCACCACGUGCCUCUUUACCUGGAGUGGGCCCCCAUCGGCAUCUUUUCCAGCACUGCCCCACAGGAGAAAGUGCCCCAGAAAGCAGCAACACAGCCUACAGGAGAAGACGAGGAGGAGCCCGAAGCCGCUGACAUGGAGACCCCAGAAACUGAAAAGCCUGCAGAGGAAGGAACAGCAGCACCCACCACCAGGACAGAAGGAGGAGGAGAGGAAGAGGAGGAAGAGGAGGAGGAGGAGGAGAGCCUUCCAGGGUGUACUCUGUUCAUUAAAAACCUAAACUUCGACACCACAGAGGAGACACUGAAGAAAGUGUUUUCCAAAGCCGGGGCGCUGAGGAGCUGCUCCAUCUCCAAGAAGAAGAGCAAAGCAGGCGCACUGCUGUCCAUGGGCUUUGGAUUUGUGGAGUACAAGAAGCCAGAACAUGCGCAGAAAGCCCUCAGGCAGCUCCAGGGUCACGUCGUGGACGGCCAUAAGGUGGAAGUGCGGAUCUCAGAACGAGCCACCAAGCCAGCCAUGACGUCUUCCUGGAAGAAGCAAGUUCCGAGGAAGCAGACGACCUCCAAGAUCCUGGUGCGGAACAUCCCCUUCCAAGCCGACCUCCGCGAGAUCCGAGAGCUGUUCAGCACCUUCGGGGAGCUGAAGACGGUCCGUCUGCCGAAGAAGAUGGCGGGGACCGGCAGGCACAGGGGGUUCGGCUUCGUGGACUUCUUCACAAAGCAAGACGCCAAGCGAGCCUUCAACGCCCUGUGUCACAGCACUCACUUGUACGGCCGGAGGCUGGUCCUGGAGUGGGCGGACUCCGAGGUGACCCUGCAGGCCCUGCGACGGAAGACAGCUGAGCACUUCCACGAGCCCCCGAAGAAGAAGCGGUCUGCCGUGCUGGAUGGGAUCCUGCAGCAGCUGGAGGACAGCGAAAGCGACGGGGAGGAGCAGAGCCUGCGGGUGUGAGCUAGCACCACCAGGCCUCUAUGAGACACAGACCGGCAUCCCAGAGACGCACAGUGCUGAGCCCUGGAGCUGCCUUUCCCGCCCCAGGCUGCCGCCCAGGAGCCACCUACUUCUCCUGAGGACUAAGCCUCCAUCUUCAAAUCCUGGCUACAGGGACCAUGAGCCUGCUGUCACCCCGAGACACUUCCGAGGGCCUCCAGCACCAGGCUGACCAGACACGCCCAGCUGGGACACAGUGGGGUCAGGGAACGCAGCGAGGCUCUGGGCCCAGCAAGCGGCGUCCCCAGCUGGUCCCCUUCAAGGAGCGCUGUGUGCGAGCCCUCUGCAGCCCUGGAGCCAGCACGGCCAUGGCCAGGGACACGGAGGGGAGAGGGGGCCACAGUCCUCAGUCCCGCUCCCCACACAAGCCGCUCCAGCCGUGCAGCCUUGACACCGGGUCCUCCUUCGUGUCCCGCAGGGUGGGUGCUGUGGCCCCGGGCAGGCAGUGCUGGAGAACAGCAGGUCAGGGCAGUAAACCCGAGCCGCUCCCCUGCCCUGAGGCCCUUUCAUUUGGAGCCGAAGGUGAUGCCAGGGAGGCACAGGUGCCCGUCUUUCUGUGCAUGCAAGGCCUGGUCCUGUGCAGCCCUCGGAGUGGCCCAGACCCCACCUGGGCCCGUGGUGCCCGAUGGGCAGCACCUGUCACCCUGGCCUGUCCCUGAGAAUCAGCAACAAUGACAGAAACCCGGAGUGGCUGUGCCCCGCCUUCUCCAGUGAGGUACCCAGCCGCUGGCAUGGCGGGCUCGGCCCUCUGGGUGAGGGCCGCACAGCAGGGCCAGUGUAAAGCCACAGGGUGGACCACCAGGGACCGAGGGGGAUGGCGGGCCUGGGACCUGUCCUGUCCCAUCUGCUGCUGCUCCUGUGCACCUCCUGCUUGGGCUUCCUAUGAAUGUUGUUUGUGCACAGAUGACCCUGCCCUGCAGGCAAGGGACAGCCUUGUGGUCACCAAAAAUAAGCCCCACCAAGGGCCAGCCUAGGCUCAGGCACCCCCACCUGUCCCUUGUGCCCUCCGGUUUGGGGACCAGCUCAGCCUGCUCUUGUGGCCCACUGGCCUCUGACCCUCUGCGCUUCCCACUCCCAGAGGAGCUGGUGGAGUGGGUACCAGGAAGGACCCGCAGGGUAGAGUGGGGGAGCAGGGCACCUGACCAGGAUGGCCUGCUUGCUGACCCCGAGUGGGCAACCCACUGGGUCUGUGCACUUGGGGUGGAACACAGGGAAGGCCAGGGAAGAUCCUGUACCGUAAGAUCUGUUAAAGAAUAAAUGGCUCUGAAAAGGGGAGAUAAACGGAGGUGAGUGUGUGUUGAGGGCCCGGUACACAGUCACCCCAGGAGCAUCAUUGUCACCCAGAGGAACGUGGGGCUGUACCCAGCAGGUGCCCAAACUCAGGCCCAGGCAAGCAGCAUCACACACAGGAGCCCAGGAUGGCUCCGAGCCUCUCGGAGAGAAGCCACAUUGGAAAGGGUCCCAAGGUGGACCUUGGGUUGGGCUCUGGGGUUGCUGUAUCGGCCCCAGCCUUUCCAUGGGGGUACCAUUUGGGGGCAGGGAGGGCCCACUCUCCACAGUUGCCAGAUUGCCUUCUCUGAAAGCCCAGCUCAGCGCAGGGCUGAUCCACAGUUGACAGACGGCCCGGGGCAUGGGCGACCCCAAAGCUUGGCAUGCACUCCCCAACCAUAGUGCUGCCUCUGACCCCCAAAACAUGAGCUGCAGCCCCCAGCUGGCUCUAACCCCAGGGCAGGGGCUGGAGGCCACGAGACCCCUGAGCUCAGUCCAGCCCAGGCGCCUCGACUCCAGGAGGGCACUUGCAGCUCGUCACCCCGGGAGGGUCAGGCACAGGGAGAAGGAGCCCGACCUGCAGACAGGGACACCAGCCCAGGCAGAGCUGCAAAGCAAUCGCUGACCCACUCCCUUCAUCCCGCAGAUGCCCGCUGGGUGUCCCUGUGUGCUGGCACCCAGGUGUGGGGACAGAGGCCUGCAUGGCCCCACAUGGCUGCUGGGUGGCCCCGGGGUCUGUCCCGGGCUUGCAGCCCCUGGGCCGAGGCAGGGCACGGUCUCCAGCAGCCCAGGCCGCCGCACAGCCUGCUGCCCUCCGGCGCCUUCCUGGACGCUUCCCUUUUUGUCUUUUGUAUUGUCCCGAUCUGCUCCCCUGUCACAGGCUGCGGCUGGGACGGAUUAGCGGGGCCCAGCGCGCAGGCUUUGGUGAACAGAGCCCAGCUCGGUUUCGACAUCUAAUUCAAUUUGUUCUGCCGAGAUUGAAAUAUGAAAUGGUUGCCAGUCACACGUUCAAAGGAGGGAGAGGGAGGCCUGCUGAAAUUUAGAUUUUAAUGAAAGUGACUUUAACCCUUUGGGGCCCUGGGGGAGUGCAGGUCCCCCUCGCAUCCCCGGGACAGCACCAGGGUGGGGCUCUGCCUUUUCCCUCCCCUCCGCCUCUCUGGGGUCACUUACAGCAAUUUGCAUCACUCUGAGCGCUGUUGCUAACAAGAGCUGGGCAGAGUGCUUGCCUCUCGGUAAAAGAAAGGCACCAUCCAUCCCGUAGGCUGCUUCCCGGAGUCCUGCAUGGGACCCGCCCGCUCCCUUAGAUGAUCUAGUGAGACUGGACCCUUCCUCCUGUGUGCCCCAGCAGGGCAGCACCAGGCCUGUGUGAGCCUGUCAGGGCCAAGGUGUCCCUGGUCCUUUGUUAAACGAGUGGUCCCUCUCCCCUGCCAGCAGCCAUGGAAGGGAAUGAGCAUGUCUUUGGAAACAGUGACAUUCCCGGGAGAAGGGCAUGUGCAGGGGCCAGUGCUGGGACUGGCUGCAAUUUGCUGGGCAGGCAGGGGCGGGCAGCAGGGCCAGCGUCCAGCUCAGCCCACCCUGGGACCCAAGGCUGUGCAGGGAGCAGAGCGUGACCCUCCACCGUCCACUGACCCCGAGGUGACUCAGACCAGGGAGCUAUCGGUAGGGAGGCCAUGGAGACAUGGGAUGGAACCUGGAGAGGGACCCGGAGGGUCCUAAAGGCUCAGCUGUGGGGUGAACAAGGCCUGGUCUGGGGCCCCAUUGAGCAGAGCAGUCAGCUGCCACUGAGGGGACGCAGCGAUGCAAGGUCCCAGACCUCACGAGUAGAUGACUGGUAGGGGGGACAGGGGCGGGGGGACAGGGGGUCCCAGCACAGGAGAGGGACAGGCUGGGGGCAAAGUGGAAAGUGUCCUUUUACCUGUAAGAAAUCCUAUGGGACUUUUGGGUGGCUGCCCUCUAGAGAUCCAGCAGGACAACCCAGCACGCAGCUGGAGGCCCCCAGGUUUGUUACUGUUGUUUUAUUUUGUUUGCUGAGCUGAGGUUGCAAUGAGCAUGUUGUGUGCUAAGGCCUGUGCUCCACCACGCAGCACCCAGUUCAUUCUGAAGCCCCUUUCAGAUAAUUCCAAAUCCUUUUGGCCACAGAACUCCAUUUCCAAACAAGAGUCUGAUGCAAACGCAGCAUAAAAACCAGAGAAGGUGAGAACUGCUGCAGGUAAACGUGGGGUGCAGAGCACAGCCCCCCACACUCCUCUUCCCCGCUCAGGAGCGGGAGCAGGAGACGAUCUCAGGGCCCGGGCGCUGCGUUUUUAAUUGUUAAUUUGUGGCGUCAUUUUCAGGUGCGUGCCACCACCGCCUGUAACCACCUCUCCAGCCUGUGCUGGGCCAGGCUGUAAGGAAAGCCAGCCAGUUGUUACAAAGAAAAAUACCAAGUGUACACAUUUAAUAAAAGUAAUAAAGAGCUGCUGUGAAUGAUUUAAAACACAGGUCAGCAACCUACAGCUGUGGGCAGACCUGACUGCUGCCAUUUGUAUGAAUAAAGCUUUAUUGGAACACG